AUGGAAUGGUUACCACGAGCACGUCAGGUACUGCACACGUUGGACGAGCUUACAGCUGGGUUUACAAGCAUGCAGAUGGAUGGGCACAGCACAGCACAGCGAUCAGCACAGCACAGCGAUCAGCACAGCACAGCUCAGCAGCGCACGGCACCCUCCAGCCCAGUUGUACAUUUUCGUAUGGGCGGGUGCACGGCUGCAGCGGUAGUCAGCAGUCAAGGCAGCCGGGUGAAGCUGACGCCACAGACCUUGAAAAAAACAGGCAUGCGGAGGUGGAGCUGCGCGUCAGAUAUCGCGCCUGUAACUGUAGGCUUUAUGAGCGAAACGAAAGAAAACCAAAGUUUUCUGUGUAUUUGCCGAGCGUGUACUCGGUUGAAUGUCCGUGGUACCCCUCCGUCUGAACGACCCCUAAGCGGGGUUGGAAUCCACAGCAUCCACAUUGAACACGUACGGGCCAAGGAAGGGCAUCUGUACCUGGGCAAGACCGAGCGCUCGCCACCUAAGGAGAAGUACUCCGAGGGCUUGCAGGGCAUUGGCGCCGACUUGGCUUGUUCGCCCAACCACUGGUCCAACGAGGAGCUCAUGCUGCGCUGGAUCGACAAGGUGCUCCUACCGUACUUCACCCGUGCGAAGGAGAAGCUCGGCCUUCCGCCUGACCAUCCCUGCAUGCUCAUCCUGGACUGCUGGCAGGUGCACCUUUCGGAGGCCUUCCAGAGCCACCUCAAGACCACAUGCGCGGGUGCCAUGGUGAAGUACGUCCCUGCCAACUGCACCUCCAAGCUGCAGCCCGCCGACACCGGACUUCAGAAGCCGUUCAAGGACCAGUACCGCACGGAAGGGGCCCUCGCUUUCAGGGAGCUUGUGGCGCAGAUGAUGCGAGCAGGGAUUCCGCCUAUCGAGGCCGAGGUGAAUCUGCGGACUGCGACCAUGAAGUCCCUGAUUUGCACCCUCCUCCUGGCCGCGUGGCAGCAUCUCGCCAGCAACAAGGCCCUGGUUACUAACGCCUGGUCUAACGCCACCAUUCUCCGCGCGUGGGACCAUCCAGUCAUCGACGAGGCAACUCGCAAGGUGCUGGACCAGGGCGAGGCUGGCCUCUUUCCGCCGGCCGUCAGCCACCAUGAGGCCCAGGCGACAGCUGCCGCAGUAACUGCUGGCAUGACGGGCUACACAGGCCCCCCGGCUGAGCCCACGUCCACACCGGCUGCUGACGAGAACUGCGACACCAAUGACCCCAGCCCGUACAUCAUGCACGAUGAUGACGACGGCGAUGAUGAGGCCAUGCUGGUCAAGUUGGACCAGCACUUCACUGAGCUUCAACAUGCGUAUGAGGUCAUGACAGACGAAGAGAAACAGGCUGUGCGUGCAUCCGCGCGGUCUGUCAAGAGCCGCUUCACCAUCGACUUCGACGAUGGUGGUGCAGCGAGCAUGCAUGGCCGGGGCCGGGGCAGGGGCGGAAGCAGCCGGGGGUCUGCUGGGCGAGGCCGUGGGCGGGGCCGCGGGCGAGGCCGUGGGCGGGGCCGCGGGCGAGGCCGUGGGCGGGGCCGCGGGCAAGGCCGUGGGCGGGGCCGUGGGCGGGGCCGCGGGGUCAAGCGGGCGCGGUGUGAUUUCGAGGUGGAGGAGGAUGCGGAGGUGGGAGAGGAGGAUUCGGAGGAAGGGGGCUCGGCGGAGCAGGAGUCAGAAGAAGGGGAGUCGGAGGAAGGGGAGUCAGGGGAGGAGGAGGGGGAAGGCAAGGAGGAGGAGGAAGAAGAGGAGGAGGAUCCCAGUGACGAGGACAGCGAUGGGGAGAGCGACGGGGAAGAUAUGCGCGAGUGCUCUACGCUGAGCUGA